AUGGCCGAACAUCGCCACCACGUUGCGGAUGUCCUGAAAUGCCUGAGGGAAUUCCAUCUGUUCCUCAAGGCUGAAAAAUGCUCUUUCCGUCAACCCUCAGUGCAGUUCCUUGGCUACAACAUCGACAGCAGUGGCAUCCAGAAGGACAAGGGGAAGGUUGAAGCCAUCAAGAAAUGGCCAACUCCAUCCACCAUCAAAGAACUCCAGAGAUUCCUAGGGUUUGCUAAUUUCUACUGCAGGUUUAUCCAAAACUACAGCUCCAUCACAAACCCAUUGACCAACCUCCUCCGCAACAGUCCCAACUCUCUGUCCUGGUCACCAGCUGCCACCGAUGCCUUCAACACCAUGAAAGAAGCCUUCAUCACCACUCUACUCCUCAUUCAUCCUGAUCCAGAGAAGCCCUUUGUAGUCGAGGUGGAUGCUGUGGGAGCAGUGUUAUCUCAGCAGCAGGGGAAUCUAAACUCCAUCCAUGUUCCUUCUUCUCUCGCAAAUUCAGCCCAGCGGAGAGAAAUUAUGACAUUGACUCCGCUGAACCAUGCCCCCCUUGCCACAGUGGCUUAUUGA